GAUAAUAUGGCAGCGAACGUCAAGACCAGUAAGUCUACACCACACCAUGUUAUCUUCAAGAAGAUCUCCCGGGACAAAUCGGUGACCAUCUACCUGGGGAAGAGGGACUAUAUAGACCAUGUUGACCAAGUAGAGCCUGUGGAUGGUGUUGUGCUGGUGGAUCCUGAGCUUGUGAAGGGAAAGAGAGUGUAUGUCUCCGUGACGUGCGCCUUCCGCUACGGCCAGGAAGACAUCGACGUGAUGGGCCUGACCUUCCGCAGGGACCUGUACUUCUCCCGGGUUCAGGUGUUCCCUCCUGUGGGGGCUGUGAGUGCCCCUACAAAACUGCAGGAGAGCCUGAUCAAGAAGCUGGGGGCCAACACGUACCCGUUUGUACUCACGUUUCCUGACUACUUGCCCUGUUCGGUGAUGUUGCAGCCAGCUCCGCAGGAUACGGGCAAGUGCUGUGGGGUUGACUUCGAGGUCAAAGCAUUCGCGACAGACAGCACCAAUGAUGAAGAGGACAAAAUUCCCAAGAAGAGCUCUGUGCGUUUACUGAUCCGUAAGGUACAGCACGCGCCGUCCAAGAUGGGUCCCCAGCCCCGGGCUGAGGCCGCCUGGCAGUUCUUCAUGUCCGACAAGCCCCUGCAACUCGCAGUCUCCCUGAACAAAGAGGUCUACUUCCAUGGGGAACCCAUUUCUGUGACCGUGACUGUGACCAACAACACAGAGAAGACAGUAAAGAAGAUUAAAGCAUUAGUGGAACAAGUGGCCAAUGUGGUUCUCUACUCGAGCGACUAUUACGUCAAGCCGGUGGCCCAGGAGGAAGCACAAGAAAAAGUGCCGCCAAACAGUACUCUGACCACGACGCUGACGCUGGUGCCCUUGCUGGCCAACAACCGAGAACGGAGGGGCAUCGCCCUGGAUGGGAAAAUCAAGCACGAGGACACAAAUCUUGCCUCCAGCACCAUCAUAAAGGAGGGCAUAGACCGGACCGUCCUCGGGAUCCUGGUGUCUUACCAGGUCAAGGUGAAGCUCACAGUGUCAGGCUUUCUGGGAGAGUUCACCUCCAGUGAAGUGGCCACUGAAGUGCCGUUCCGCCUCAUGCACCCGCAGCCCGAGGACCCAGCUAUGGCAAAGGAAAGUUUUCAGGAUGAAAAUUUGGUUUUUGAGGAUUUCGCUCGUCAAAAUCUGAAAGACUCAGGAGAUCCUGAGGAAGGGAAGAAAGACCAGGAGACAGCUGCGGAUGAGUGAAGAGGUGACUGAGGACCGGGAAUGGGAUAUUAGCAGUCCGAUGAGCGAAGCCCCACAGUUAGCCCUUUAGUUAUGCUACACACCAAAGUGUGAGUCUCUUCACAGAAAUAAAGUUUGUCUG